AAAAAAAAAAAACGCGUACUAGUGUUGAAAAACGCACGAUCUGGUUGGAGUAAAAUACAAGAGGGGGAUCGGAUCAGUUUUGAAAUCCGCCGUGUGGAGCUGCGGGGAGGGAGGGAGGGAGGGAAGGAAGCGUGACUAUGAAAAAAAGAAAGCGAAGGAAAUAUACACUACCCCAGUCACCGUCUCAGUAAAAAACCUUUCUUCUUCUGCUUCCAAUUCCACCCCCUCCACCCUCUAUAAAACCUGGAGUCAGCCGACGAUCUGGAGUCCGCUCACCAGGACUCGUCCUCCCACCCCUUCCCCGCCGCCGCAACCGGCCAGAUCCGCUACAGAUCCCCGUCCGCCGCAGAGCUCCUCCCCGCGGAUCAGCCCGACAAGAUGCCGCCCUCGAAGCGCAGCAGCAACAACAGCAACGGCGGCAGGCAGUACUACGGCGAGUCCCUGCCCGAGAAGAUGCGCCGGCUGAGAAAGCCUGUCCUCGUGGCCUCCACGCUCGUGCUCCUCGUCUGCCUGCUUUCGUUCCUCUGCUCUUCUCCGUCGUCCGAUUCGGUUGAUUCUCUCGCCAACCGUAAAUACGCUCCCGGUGGUAGUAAGAGCUACGUGGUUAUCUUUGAUGCGGGGAGUUCCGGGAGCCGUGUGCACGUGUUUUGCUUCGAUCGGAACUUGGAUCUCGUUCACAUUGGGGAAGAUCUCGAGCUCUUCGUUCAGAAAAAACCAGGGCUGAGUUCAUACGCAAAAGAUCCCAAGGCUGCUGCACUUUCUCUAUUGUCCCUUUUGGAGCAAGCCAAAAGUGUUGUUCCACAGGAGUUGCAGCAAAAGACGCCAGUUAGAGUUGGGGCAACUGCAGGUCUGAGGCUGUUGCAAGGUGAUGCAUCUGAUCAAAUUUUGCAAGCGGUCAGAGAUUUUUUAAAGGAUGACAGCACCUUUGUAUCUAAGGCUGAUUGGGUCACAGUAUUGGAUGGAACUCAAGAAGGUGCUUAUCUGUGGGUAACGGUAAACUAUCUACUGGGGAGUUUGGGUAAGAAAUACUCAGAUACAGUUGGAGUAGUUGACCUUGGAGGUGGAUCAGUACAAAUGGCAUAUGCUAUCUCAGAGACAGAUGCUGCAAAUGCUCCAAGGAUAUCCAAUGGGGAGGAUACAUAUGUGAAGAAAAUGCAUCUCAAAGGAAAAAAUUAUUACCUCUAUGUUCACAGUUACUUGAACUAUGGUUUAUUAGCCGCUCGGGCUGAGAUCUUGAAGGUUGGAUACUCUGGAAGCCCCUGUAUCUUGGUUGGAUAUGAUGGGCACUACAACUAUGGAGGAGAAUCUUAUCCUGCAUCAGCUUCUUCCUCUGGUUCAAGCAUGGAAAAAUGUAGGGGAGUAGCUACUAAAAUUCUCAGAGUUAACGAACCAACAUGUACGCAUAUGAAAUGCACGUUUGGUGGGAUAUGGAAUGGUGGAGGUGGGGAUGGACAGACGAAUUUAUUUGUUGCCUCAUUUUUCUUUGACAGGGCUGCUGAGGCUGGCUUUGUAGAUCCAAAUCAGCCUGUUGCCAAAGUUCGUCCUAUGUAUUUUGCGAAUGAAGCUAAACAUGCUUGUGAAACAAGUCUCGAGGAUGCCAAAUCAAGAUAUCCACUCGUAGAGGAGGAUAACCUGCCAUACUUAUGCAUGGAUCUUGUGUACGAGUUCACAUUGCUUGUAGAUGGGUUUGGUCUAGAUCCAGACCAGGAGAUAACAUUGGUAAAGAGAGUUGAGUACCAAAAUUCCAAAGUUGAGGCAGCAUGGCCAUUAGGCAGUGCAAUUGAGGCUGUUUCAUCGUUGACAUAACCAGUGAUCGCAUUGGUCGCUUAUUUGAUUGAUCCAAUUUUUGGUUCCACUGCUUCCUAUGGUCAUGUAAUGGCCUUAUUUGCUAGCAGAGAUGUUAUCCUGUUUGAGCUCAGCAGUGUCCAGUUGACCAGGUAAAAAUGAAUUUGGGGUUAUUUGCAAGGAACAACUAGAAAUCACAUUAUCAUUUGUUUUAUUUGUAAUCAAGUUACAUAAAUUUUGCUAAUUCACAACUUGAGAAAGGAUUAUUGGAGGCAUUUAAAUUCAUUUUUAUUCGCCUUACCAGUGAACUUUUGAUGUUAUUAAUAUUUCUAUCGUUUGAAAA